UGUCAGACAACCGACCACCCGUCGACGUCAAAUAUGCUUGUGACCGUAAAUGAAGAAAAUGCGGAUGUGUUGGGUUGCCGUUAACAAAACCGCGGUGCUAGAUGAUAACAUAGUACGUUACGUACCUUGGAGGAGAACUAUGGACAUAAAGUGCGAGGACAAUAAUGGUCUCCUCCAUCAAGGAUUUCUGACAAUUUAUUUAACAUCAGAGAACGGUGCAUAAGAAAGAUACGGUGCGACUGCAUGAGUCCAACAACAAGUAAAUGAGUGAAACGUAUCAAAGACGAUAAAAAGAAAGCCCAUUACCCAUCUUCAAGGCUUGUCUGGGGGCCUGGGGGAGUGGUACAACUCAGGCAAUUGAAGGUUCUUGAAAUAUGAAGAGUUACGAAGAGCCAAGCUAGCUAGCAAGCUAUCUGCAAAAUGUUGUGCUAUAUGUCAGACUUUUAAGAGUAAACUACAACAAAACUUGUUACAUCCCAUUUUGAUCCUGUGAACGACAUAUGCCCAAAUAUUCAGCUUAAGACAACCAAACUAAACAAUUGCAAGUAGCAUCAUGGCAUAGUGUUAAACAUC